AUGAACAAAUGGCCGGUACAGUCGUGCUCUUUCUCGUGUCUGCCUAACCCGUUAAUCCUCCCAGAGCGGGAGCCAUGUACAGACGGACAGACAUGUUGCCGAAGCGAAACGUUUAAUGAGGCCGAGGGGGCAGAGGGUGGAGAACAAGGCAUGGACCGUACAAGUGGACAGUCUGAGAGAGGACGGUUGGUAUGCCGUCAGGGCUCGAGGGAACUUGGGGAGGGUCGAGCAUCGGAGCAGCUAUUGGCGAGCUUGCGCCAAUUGUGUGCGUCCUAUGCUUCUUCUGCGAGCUCUCUCUCCCUCUCCUCGUCGCCUACGGCCUCUCCCCACCCCACCCGCCUCACACCGCCACACUCCCAUCCAGACUCGGCCAAUCCACUCAAUCCGAUCUCUCUGUCCGAGCCAAGACCGAGGCAAACAUUGAUUUCCGAUCACUUCCAUGCCUACCCCACGGGAUAUCCCGGCAGGCGCGCCUGA